UGGCGGCCGGAGAUGGGCGCCCGGUCCUCGCGGCGGCGUCUGCCCGCGGACCCGCCCCUAGCCUUGGACGCGCUGCCCCCGGAGCUGCUGGUGCAAGUGCUGAGCCACGUGCCGCCGCGCGCCCUGGUGACGCGCUGCCGCGCAGUGUGCCGCGCCUGGCGCGACGUGGUGGACGGGCCCACCGUGUGGCUGCUGCAGCUGGCCCGCGACCGCAGCGCCGAGGGCCGCGCACUCUACGCGGUGGCCCAGCGCUGCCCGCCCAACGGCGAGGACGAGGAGUUCCCGCUCUGCGCCCUGGCGCGCUACUGCUUGCGCGCGCCCCUCGGCCGCAACCUCAUCUUCAACUCCUGCGGAGAGCAGGGCUUCAGAGGCUGGGAGGUGGAGCACGGCGGGAACGGCUGGGCCGUGGAGAAGAACCUAACGCUGGUGCCGGGGGCUCCUUCCCAGACCUGCUUCGUGACUUCUUUCCAAUGGUGCUUCAAGAGGCAGCUUGUAGACUUGGUGAUGGAGGGGGUGUGGCAGGAGCUGCUGGACAGUGCCCAGAUCGAGAUCUGUGUGGCUGACUGGUGGGGUGCCCGAGAAAACUGUGGCUGCAUCUACCGUCUCCGGGUCCGCCUCCUGGAUGUGUAUGAAAACGAAGUGGUCAAGUUCUCGGCCUCACCCAACCCGGUUCUUCAGUGGACGGAGAGAGGCUGUCGACAGGUGUCGCAUGUCUUCACCAACUUUGGCAAGGGCAUCCGCUACGUGUCAUUUGAGCAGUAUGGGAGGGACACGCGUUCCUGGGUGGGGCACUAUGGCGCCCUGGUGACCCACUCCAGUGUGAGGGUCAGGAUCCGCCUGUCCUAGCCAACUGAUCCAGCCUUCCAGAAAGUACUGCCAUCUGGGCAUCAUCAGUCAAGGGCAGUUUUGAGGCUGGGAGCCCAGCUGGGAGCCGGGUGCCCGUGGA